CCCGCUGGCGCCGGCCGUGCCCGCCUCGCUCCCCGCCCCGGCUAAGGGGCGGCUGCUGGUGCUGCCGCUGCCGGCGGCAGCUCUGGGAAAAUGUCCGAGCGUGGCGUCUUCUACCGGCAGGAGCUGAACAAGACGGUGUGGGAGGUGCCCCAGCGCUACCAAAACCUCACCCCUGUCGGCUCCGGCGCCUACGGCUCGGUCUGUUCAGCUUAUGAUACCAAAACAAGACAGAAGGUGGCAGUAAAAAAGCUUUCAAGACCUUUUCAGUCACUUAUUCAUGCGAGGAGGACCUACCGAGAGCUUAGGUUGCUUAAGCACAUGAAACAUGAGAACGUUAUAGGAUUGCUAGAUGUCUUUACACCUGCAACAUCAAUAGAAAAUUUUAAUGAAGUGUACCUUGUGACAAAUUUGAUGGGCGCUGACCUGAAUAACAUUGUGAAGUGCCAGAAAUUAACAGAUGACCAUAUACAGUUUCUCAUCUAUCAGCUACUUCGAGGUCUUAAGUAUAUUCACUCAGCUGGAAUCAUCCACCGGGACCUGAAGCCCAGUAACCUAGCUGUAAAUGAAGACUGUGAAUUGAGGAUUUUAGACUUUGGUUUAGCUCGACAAACUGAUGAUGAAAUGACCGGGUAUGUUGCAACAAGGUGGUACAGAGCUCCAGAAAUUAUGUUGAACUGGAUGCAUUACAAUCAAACAGUUGACAUCUGGUCGGUUGGAUGCAUCAUGGCAGAGCUAUUGAAAGGGAAGGCCCUAUUUCCAGGAAAUGAUUAUAUCGAUCAACUAAAGAGAAUAAUGGAAGUUGUGGGAACACCCAGUUCUGAACUUCUGAAGAAGAUCUCAUCAGAACAUGCGAGAAAAUACAUUGAAUCUCUUCCACAUAUGCCUCAACAGGAUUUGAAAGCAGUAUUUCGUGGUGCCAAUCCAUUAGCUGUAGAUCUUCUUGAGAAGAUGCUUAUAUUAGACAGUGAUAAAAGAAUUACUGCCUCAGAAGCACUUGCACAUCCAUACUUUGUACAGUAUCACGAUCCAGAUGAUGAACCUGAGGCUGAGCUCUACGAUGAGUCAAUAGAGAAUAAGGAGCGAACCAUAGAUGAAUGGAAAGAACUUACCUAUGAAGAAGUGAUUAGCUUUAAACCCCCUGACUUAAAAAUGGAUAGCCUGGAGAUAGAACAGUGAAUAUGGGCAGCUCUGCCUUGCCUUGCUGUACUGUGAAGACUGUUAAAAUAUAACCAUACAAUUAACCUGUGGUCAGACAUAGAAUUUACUAUCCAAAGACAUUGAAGAAGAGGAGAAAAGCAGAUACAUUAUACGAAAGACAGAUGUUGUCUGGUUUGGAUGGGCUUUUAUUUUGCCUUGUAAUAUGAAUGUAUUCCCAACUCGAAAGGAUGAUAAAGAACUGCUUCAUUCUGACAAAAUUAUGCACUGAGUUCCAUCGAGCUGUAUUCUGCAUGUUUCAUUUUAUCAGUUGUAUUGCCAAAAUAAAGGUGACUUUUAAUUUUACAAUCAUACACUUAAAGCAUGAAUGUAUACAAACAUAAACAUAGAAGUCCAUACAAAGAAUCAACUUUUUUUGUUCCUGGCAUUUUAUCUGUUUGUUUUCAUAUUGUUUAUAGUUAGUGCCUUUAUGAAGAGAGGGCUUGGUAGUGAGAUAGACAGAAUAUGCGUAUGUAGUCAUAUCUGUGGUGAUCUUACAAAUUUACUGGAUGUCUCUCAAGCAGUCAACAGCAGUUGAAAGUCUCUAAAAAUAAAUCUUUGUCUUCUGUUGCCAUUAAAGUGUCUGUUCUCAUUAUUUUCCCCAUGUGUGUAUUCGUAAUCUGCACAAUGCCCAUUUGUGAGAUGAUUUUAUUUCCCAAUAGUACUCCUAACCAUGCCAUCGAUGGUACUCCUAACCAUGCCAUUGGUGGAGUGUGGUGAAUUUGUCCCAAGUUACAGGAAGGUGUCCAGAAGGCACUGUGGCAGGUCACUUAGUCUUCUGCAAACUUUAGCAAAGGCUGCCACAGACGGCAGUGCCGGAGUAUUCAGUUCAGUUCACUGCUUUGAAUUCAAUAUUCUUCAUUGCCUUGUUUUCCUUCACAUAAUCCUUUGGAAAAUGUGUCUUCCAAUGGCAAUUACAAGAUUGACAAAGCAACAAGAUUUAAGAGUGUGUGAAAAACAAAACAUCCAUCCCAUCAGAGUUUCUUUUUAAGCAAAAUUGUAAAAGCCUUUCCAGCUUUGAAAAGUUGGGAAAAUAAGUAAUAAAUUGCAGGAUACACCAGAUGCUGAAAUUUCUUAAAGAAUUAACAUUUAUCUGAUUUUUUUCUGUUAAAGGCAUACUAGUGACAGAGGAAUAUCCUCUGGCAUGAGGCCUCUUGUGAUAUACUGCUGUAUCUUUCUACAUACUUGUGCUUCAUGGUUAUUUAAUGUUGGUCACAUUUGUGUCUCAUUCUAGCUCUGUCAGAGUCUCAUUUUGGAGGUGGCUUUUUAUAAUAUUUAGGUGUUCCGAAACUUUUGUCACUGUGUUUAGUUGUACAGCCAUUACAUGAGGUAAUGAAUUCUACUACGUUUGUUUACUUCCCUCUAUCUUUUGUAUGCAAAAAGCUUUUUCUUAAUAAACACA